AUGAGCGUCUCCUCGAUCCUCGUGAGUUCAUCCAUUUUGAAGUCCACUGAGAGCUCCUCACCGGAAAAUUCAGCAACCAGUUCAAGCCAGAGUUCGGGAAGCUUUGACAAUCUCUCCGAUUUGCCCUUCGAAUCCGAACUCCCCGAUGAUAACGAGGAGGAAAUCGAAGAAUUUGAGAGGAAAUGCGAGAAGUUUUGGAGAAACGAGAAAGUGGGAGGGCAGCAGAAGAUCAAGAAGGUAUGUAAAAAAAAUUUAAAAAAGCGAAAUUUGGGGCAAAUUUGGAUUAGAUUCUUUGAAGACUUCAAACAAUAUAUUUACUAUGCAAAGGCUUUGUUGUGCAGAGAUUUAUUUUGGCAAAAUUUGAUUCUUCGGACGUCUGAACGCGUUUGAUUCACAAAGGAAUUACCCCAAGUGCGAUGCUCAGAUUUUUUUUAAAUUUUGCACACUCAUCAGCCAUAGAUCAUAUAUCAAUUCCUGAAAGUUUUGGCUUGCGCUUUGCAGGCGCCGCCGAGAUAUUCAACGAUCUUUACUGCCGAGAGAGUACGGGAAAUGCGGAGAGCGGUCAGAGAGAAUUUUGCUUUUUGACCGUAUCUCUGCCAGUUUUGUACAAAAAAAAAAAAAUUGAUUUUUUGUGGAAACACUACCCUCUAAUGUAGAAAUAGGUAUGGAAGUUUUCAUGGAAAAAUUCGCAAAAAAAAUUCUCGGUUUUUCAACUUUCGACCUAAAAAUCUCGAUCUAAAAGACUGGCCUAAAAUUACUAUUGUGACGUAUGAAACGUUAUAUACAGGUAUGGCUUUACGUGAGGUCGUAUUUUCUUCCCAACCCUUUCAUUUCAGAGCCGAAUGUAUCUCCAUUUGAAUGCACGAAUCCGGCCCCACACCUCCUAUAAAUACUGGUUCAAACAACGACAAGAGCGCCUUCAACGGGACAAAACGAUGACUUCUACGUCUGCGUCUGAUUCUGAAUUUUCUACCCUCGAAACUGCCAGUCUCUUUGAGGGCGAAUCGAGUGAAGAAUACAUUGUGAGCGAUGGCUUCAACGUAACUCGGAUCAAUAAUGCAAGAAAUGAAGUGAGAACUGAAGAUGGAAAGCUGAGCUUUUCCAUGCAGAAGGUCAAACUUGAUGAGAAAUUGGAGGAAUUUGAUGAAAGCUGGUGCUAA